GUUUAGCCUCAAGCUCUUGCAACAUCACCAGGAACCUCGGUCUCGCGCGAUCGUAAACAACAAGAGACGAAACAGUCCCGAAACAGAGAACUUAUGACGAGGUGGCAGUGCACCGAUCGGCUCGGCAACCCGGGCACGUGCUCGUUCACCUCCGCCUUCCUUUCACCACACACCACACCCUCACCUCCCUUCACAUUACUAUAUACGAUGUCUGCACGCCGGCAGGCAUCCAGCACUUCGCUCUCCAAGUUCGCGCGGGGCGCCGAUCCCGCGCUCAUGGACCGCACGACAGACUACUGCAACGCCUUCUGGGGCAUGGGCGAUGGCGGGGUGGAUGUGCUGUUCGCGCGGAUGCGCGGCGCGGCACGGACGAUGGAGGAGCUAAGGAGCUUCUGGAAAGAAAGGGCUGUUGUGGAGGAAGAGUACGCGAAGAGGCUGGGAAAGCUUGCCAAGGUGCCACUGGGACGGGAUGAGAUCGGAGACUUACGCAACUCAUUGGACACUAUCAAGACCGAGACCGAGAAACAAGCAGGGGCACAUCUCAACCUCGCGCAUCAAAUUCGAAACAGUCUGGAAGGGCUGACUGCGACCUUCGUAGCUAAGCAGCAGCACCAUAAGAAAUUGUACCAGGGAGCUGUCGAAAAGGAAUUCAAGGCCAAGCAGACACAGGAGGGCUACGUGAUCAAAGCGCGCGACAAAUACGAGAACGACUGCCUGCGGAUCAACUCAUACACAGCGCAGCUGGGACUGGUGCAGGGCAAAGAUGCAGAGCGGAUACACCUGAAGCUCGAAAGGGCGCAACAGACGGUUGCGCAGAAUGAACGGGACUUCGCCAACUUCACGAGGGCGCUGGGGGAGACGGUGGGGAAAUGGGAAUCAGCUUGGAGGACAUUCUGCGAUAGCUGCCAGGAUCUGGAAGAUGACCGGCUGGAAUUCACGAAGAACAACAUGUGGGCAUACGCGAACGCAGUUUCCUCGGUCUGCGUGCUUGAUGAUGAGUCUUGUGAGCAUAUACGACUCACUCUGGAAGAGAUGGAACCAGAAAAAGAUCAGGAGAACUUUGUGCGAAAUUAUGGGACAGGGAAUCAGAUACCGGAUCCGCCCAUCUUCGUUAACUUCACGGAUCCCAAUGCCAUUCCAUCAGCGUCCGCCCGUCAUACCUUCCGGAUAGCCAGCUUUGAACGCUCGACGCAGCGAGUUCCGACAGAGGACUAUGCGUCUCAGCCCGCCCCCCAGCCUGACCCUGCGGAGAUCGUCACAACAAACAUCGCAGGUCGCGGUGCUGGUGCCGGUGGUGUGACGCCAGCUACGACGGGCACACAGUCUUCACCUGCACCUUAUGCUGCUGCGGGAUCAUCGUCGGGGAUUUCUGCCGGGCAGGUCCAUCAGCCCCAACCACAUGCGGCAACGGAACACAACGACAGAGCCAGCAUGAUGAUGGCGGCGAACCACCUCACGCCGUCCUCCCAGCAGUCGCCGACCAAUUAUGUGAACGGCUCGCUCUCGCGUGCCACAACUACCGCGUCGAAGCCUUCUCCGCAUCGGGUUGCGCCACCACGUGAGGAUCCCCCCGCAGAGGAGACGUACAUGCGGAUUGGGGAGAAUGCGUACCGGGUGGAUGCGCACAAGGAUCCCUCACAGCCUGGGCCGUCACGGGCCAGUGCUACUCCGAGUGGGUUUGAUCCACUGGCGAAGCAGAUGGAGGAUCUGCAGCUGGCUGCAGCGACGGUUCGGAGGAAAAGCACGCGCAGGACGACGGUCGACAUGUCCCACCCCACAUCGCAGCCUGUUCAGCAACAACAGGCGCUUGCUCCUCGACCGAGUUCCAUGGGGCCGGGGUCGAUAUUGCCGCCGAUGCACCAGAUUUCUCGGUCCCCGUCGCCAGGGCCCGGACGCGACUACCAGCAGUCGGCUGAUUCAGUCGUAGGGUCGCAUCCUGCUGCCUCGCGGCCCGCCUCGCCGAAUCCGGCGCCAAUCACGGCAGCAUUCAUGCGACCAUCGUCGACCGUGCCACCCGGCGCGGAGAUGAUCACCGACGUGCUGAGUGACUACCACCAGUCUCUCCCCGGCGAACGGAAGAGUGUCAGCCGCUCGAACAGCCGCAGGAGCAGCUACGUCGGGCCCGGGCACAUGUCGAACCCGAGCCAGAGCUCGCAGAUGAGCGCUGGGCACAAUUUGGGGCGACCGCCGAGCACGGGCUUCGCCGGGGUCGGCUCUAUGUCGAGGAGCAGCAGCCCGCAGCCAAUGGCGAUGGGACCCGCGCGAACGCCGAGUCCUGGGCUGGCGAUGGCAAUGGUGCCGGUGAACCGGGCGCCGAGUCCCGGGCCGGCGUAUCGUCAGAGUCUCGUUGCCCCGGGCAGCAGCAUCAACCGACAAGGCUCGACGAGUCCCAAUCCUGUGGGGAUUGCUAUUGACUCGACGGGGAGGGUCACACACGACGAUAUGGCCAUGCGGUACCACCAUCAACAGCAGAUCCAGGCACGCCAGCCGUCGCCCCAGCCGAGGCAACGUCAGAGCAUGCAGUCCAGCGGGUUUGCACCGAUCUCUCAGCAUCAGCAACCCCAGCAGCAGCAGCCGCAGCAGCCGCAACUGACCGGUCCACAACGCCGCCUGAGUUAUAUGGGGCCAGCGGCAAUCACAGCACCUCCCCCGCCGCCGAUCCAGCAGGCUUACAACUCCUACCAACAGCCCCCACCGCAGCAACACCAGCAGCAGCUUUCGGGCUUUGCACCAUCCCAGCAGUCGUUUGCUUCGAAUGCGUACCAGCAGCAACAGCAACAGCAACCGUAUCAGCAGUUGCAGCAGCAGCAGCAGCCGGUAUACAACGGCCAGGGACUGCAGCGCGGUCCUUCGACAAACAACUAUUACGCGGAUCCACGGCAGCAGCUCGUUCGUGCAAAUCACCAGCCUCCUCCCCAACAGCAGCAGCAGCAAAUCCAGGCGCCACCCCCGCAGCCGCAGCAGCAGCAACUCGUGCGAGUCCCUCCGAUCCAGCAGCAACGCACGCCCUCCCCCGCAGGCAGGCAGCGGACGUCGGACGGAAAAUGGAUCCAGUUCUACGUCCGGGCUUUGUUUGACUACCGGGCCACGAUCGAGGAGGAGUUCGAUUUCCAGGAGGGCGAUAUCAUCGCUGUGACGGAGACGCCGGAGGACGGCUGGUGGCACGGGGAGCUGCUGGACGACGCAAGGCGGGUCCCCGGGAAGUCGGUCUUCCCCAGCAAUUUCACGGUCAUGUUCUGAUCUGUACUGACGGCCUUUUUUGCUUUCGUAUGUUGUAAGUAGAUAUACAUGUGUAACAUCUAUGCAAUGCGCUUACGUA